CGAAGGCGAACCACCUUCAUAAGUUCAUUGUCAAGGCUUGAGUUGCGUACAGCCUUUCAACUUCAAGACGCCUUCGCUUGCUUGGGUGGAGUACAUAAGAUUUUAUGGGGGCCACGUUCCUACCAGGCCAACAUAGAACAUGGAGCUGACAACUGCACGGACUUCGCUCCCUGGUUCCUGGCAUGUUCGCAAUGCUGGUUUUACGCAGCGAUCCACUGCCCAUUGCUUACUUUCGCAUCACUGCUUUGAAGGUGACAAGCAGCUCUGGAGACGAGCGCUCCAAAGAGUUUCAGUCGCACAGAAGUCUUGCUAUUCUGGUCACUGGCUGGAGUCAAGCACGCAGUGUACACAUCCUUCAGUGCAAGUAAGGGAUGCACUUUGUACCACCAGGACCAAGCGCCCCUUUCUGAGCAGCGCCAGGGAGAGCUUCAGAAGAACCUCCGCACGAGCUUCUGGAGAAGCAGUAAUCCCAUCAUCAAGCUCCGAGCUCCAGAGCGCUGAAAACCCUGAGACUCUGAAGCCUUCUCCCUUAUUGGAGAAUGAUCCUAACAAUCGGACUGCAGCCGAAGAAGCGCUGGAGAUGCUUGAGUGGGACAGGAUCUGCAGCACGGUUGCGACAUUUGCGUCAACUUCUUCCGGUCAGCAGCUGGCGGGAGUGUUGCUUCUCCCAGACACUCAGGAGGGCAGCGAGGCGCUACUCGGAGAGACGGCGGCGGCGCUGACUUUGGACGCGAGCGCGAGUGGGGACUGUCUGGACUUUGGACGGAUUGGCACCAAGGCGGCUGACUAUGGCCUUUAUAAGGCUCGAAAGGGCGUGCCGAUGUCAGGUCGGGAGUUGCGCCUCACUGCAGCAGUCCUCUCCGCCUCUGACCGCCUCCUCCGGGGGGUCACGAGCGCAAUCCGCCUGGAAGAACGCGACUUAGCCCUUCGGCGGGCCCCCUCGGGAUGGGGAGAUUUCUCCGAGCCCCCCCCUCCCCCGGCCCCUUCCCUCCAACCUCUUAUGAUCCUCGUGCAAGCGAUCAUGCCGCACCCAGAGAUCGUGAAAGCGAUCGACAACGUGGUCGAUGAGAUGGGGGAAAUCAAAGAUUCUGCGAGCGCAGAAUUGAGGAAAGCGCGCCAGCAGGUUCAGUCGGCGGAGGAGCGAUUGAAAGAGCUUCUGGGGGGGUUCUCGGAUCGGGGGGGGAAGGUCGUGGUCCAGAACGACCGGAUGUGUCUGGCGAUCAACUCGGCGUUCCGGGAGACAGUCCCCGGGCUGUUGAUUGGUUCGGGGGGUGACGGGAGCCUGUUCGUGGAGCCCCCCGCCGCGGUGGCGCUCAACAAUAAGCUCGCGGAGGCGAGGCGGGCGGCGACCGCGGCUGAGGAUGCGGUCAGGAAGGCGAUAACCGAGCGGUUGACCCCGUGGUUAGACGACAUAACCGCGGCGAUGGGGAUUUUGGUGAAGGUGGACGUGAUUGCGGCGAGGGCCAGGUGUGCUCGGUGGCUGAAGGCAGCGAAACCGACUUUCGUGAAGAUUGUCGAAGAGAAGAAGGAGGUCGUGAGGGAAAAGGUGAAACGGCCGGAAGAGAACAAGUACGCUAGUCUGGCUGACAAGACCCCUGAGGAAGAAACCGUUUCUGAGGAUGAAGAGGCUGCAGUAAGUACUGCGGGGUGGGGCGUCACCGAGAGCGAUACCGGGAGCAGCGAUGACGAGAGCGCGUCGGAUGAAGACGAGAGCCCCGAGGGGGAUCCCCCUAAGAAGCGCAUCUUCUCAGAGAGUCCCGAAUUUCUCGUCCGGCUAGAGAAGGCGCGCCACCCGCUGCUCGUACUGCAGCACCAAGACGCGCUCAAAAAGGCGAAGCAGAAAGUCAAGUCGCGCGCCGCGGCGCUGAAGCGCGCGAAGCAGCGGGGCAUGUUUGGUGUCGGCCGCGCCGUCUCGCUCGAGUCUCUCGAAGCCUCCCUCCGAUCCGCCGAGCAAGAAGAAAGCGAACUCGCGGCGUCACCCCCGAUCCCGAUCGACGUAUUGAUCCGGUCCGAGACGCGAGUCGUCGCAAUUACGGGGCCGAACACGGGCGGCAAAACGGCGGCAAUCAAAACGCUCGGGUUGGCGGCGCUUAUGGCGAAAGCGGGGCUGUUCGUGCCGGCGAGCGAGCCGGUUCUGCUGCCGUGGUUCGACUCGGUGUUGUGCGACAUUGGGGAUGACCAGUCGCUGGUGCAGAGCUUGUCGACGUUCUCGGGGCACCUUCGCAGGAUCAAGCGCAUUAAGGCCGAAUCUACCGCGCGCUCUCUGGUCCUCCUCGACGAGGUGGGCGGGGGGACGGACCCGACAGAGGGCGCUGCCCUGGGCAUGGCCCUCCUGCAGUCCUUCGCCGAGCAGCGCCCCGGGGGAUCCCUCCUGACUCUCGCUACGACCCACCACGGGGAGCUGAAGACGCUCAAGUACUCGGACCCGCGCUUCGAGAACGCGUGCGUCGAGUUCGACGAGGCGCGGCUGGCGCCCACGUUCCGGCUGCUCUGGGGGAUCCCCGGCCGAUCGAACGCGCUGAACAUCGCGGAGCGGUUGGGUUUGGACGGGCGCAUCAUUAGCGAGGCGCGGAACCUGCAUGGGGAGGCGAAUCUGGAGGCCAGCGAAGCGAUCUUGGACCUGGAGCGGCAGCGCAAAGCGUACGCUGAGGCCGUUGACGAGUCGGAGCGGCUCCUCAAGGAGGCGCGCCGCAUGCAGCGGCAGCUCCUGGCGGUCGACAGGAGGCUCAAACAGCAUCAGGGUCCGCUGCUCCUGAAGCAGGCGACCGAGGUGGAGGCCGCGGCGCAGCAGGCGCGCGAGCAGGUGACGCACCUGCAGAACGUGCUGAGGGGACACGUGGCGGCCCGUGAGCGGCGGCGUAGGGAGGAGCGCGAGCGGCGCGCGCUGGACGAGGCGAUGCGGUUGGAGGAGGAACGGAUGAGAGAGGAGAGGAUGCGAGAAGCGGCGAUGAGCGGAAACGUGUUUGGUGCUCUGGCGGGAUUGAAAGUGGGGACGGAAGACGGGGGGGUGAGGCGGAGAGACGAAGGUGGGAGGGCGGAAAACGGACGAGCGGAACGGGAGGAGAAGAAGGAACGGAAAGGGGUGGGAGCGAGCGCGGAAGAGGGGCGUGCGACAAGCGGAGCUAAGGCGGGGCCGAGCGGGAAUCCGUUCGGCGCGUUGAGAGAUAAGCUGGAGGAGAAGAAAUCGAGGGAGGGGAUGGGGCAAGCGAAGCCGGGAAGUGAACUUGAGGGUCUGGAGGCCAGAAAGUACGGGGAAGCUGAGAGCUCCGACGACGAGGAGUUGGACCGGUAUGUGGAGGAGCUGGUGAGUGCUUACAAGGACGACGGCGACGUUACCGGGGGAGAGGGCCGCCCCUUUGGGUUGGGGUUGGGAGGAAAUUCGGCGGGGCAGCCUGCAAGUCUUGCUACUGCUCAGGUGAUCAGGACGGGGCGCGGGGUGAAAAGAUUGGGCGCUCGGAUGAAGAAGCGGCCCAAUGAGGUUGUGGUUCCGCCCGCGGCAAGUUUAAAGCGGCAGCCGGAGACCCCCUCGAUAGAGGAGAAAGGUGCUCCUCCGGCAACCGACAGUGUCGGUGUUGAGUCCGGGAUGGAAGAGAAGUCGAAAACGUCGGGAGCAAAUGGCAACAGCACAAAUGGGUUUGUUGAGGAGCGCCAGCCUGCACCUGCGCCCAAGGAAAGCAGCAAGGCGACUGCUAGAAAAGAAAAGGGGCUGUCCGGGUGGAAGGGGCAGCUUGCACAACUCAAGGACUUGCAAAGACGUUGAUGCACCGUUCAGCAGGCACCUUGGGUUGAGCGAUCGCCCCUUGCUUACUUAGCUUCUUGGUGUCACAUGGGUACAAGCUCUCCUCAUCCUUUCCUACAAGGAAUUACGAAGCUGGUUCCACCUCGUUUGUCAAAUCAUUGGUG